AUGUACAGCAUUCGGGCACGAUCGCGGAAGAACAGAGUUGUGCAUGUGUCAGGCAUUCCAGACGACGAGAAGCGAAUCAACCUGGCCUUCGGGAAGACCACGUAUGCGCUCAAGAUUCGCCCUGCGUGGCUGCAGCAGAUACUCACAGGCGCGGGCCCUCGAAGCCACACACUCAACGCACCGGCUCCAGUCCAGAUUGCGAGACCUACUGCAGGAACGAAAACGAUCGAGCUCCGAAAGAAACCAUGUCCGCCCUACCUCGAGAUGAACACGAUCAGCCUGAUGGAGACAGGGAGUAGGUUUAUUCGCGGCACUGCCGUCAUCAAAGAGUCGCACCAACUCACGGUCCGGGAGAAAGUCCUUUUUGCGGAUAUCCUGCAGGCUCUCAACUACGAUGCUGACAAAACCUAUGCGUGGACCCUGCAGGACGUCCAGCGGCAUGGAACACCGUUUCAGGCCUGUCUUACCGCACACCAGCACACGGCACCUGCAUGCGAGCAGGCCGUCUUUGCAAUGAACGUGACUACGCUCGUACACUGUCUAGAAGAAGACUGGGGCACCUCGACACGGCAGAUGCUGACAGCAGAGGAGCUCCUGCUGCUGCUACAGCUAAAGAGAUCCCUGCCGAUGAGGAACCUUUUCUGGGCACUCCGACUCCAAGCGGACGUAGCUGCGCUGCGGACAAUCAUGGCUUCUCUGCGGAGCACUCAACUGCGCUUUCCCGGCUUCCGCUUACCAGUAACCGUCCAUUCUAGCAAAACCUGGACCUCACCAAGUCCUGACGACCCCCUGCAGACCCUGGGAACGGUCGAACACCUGCUACAUUGGAUGGAGGACUUCGGCCUAGGCCGCUUCACACCCAGUGAGGCAGUGCUCGUAAUGAAUGCCUGGCCCAAGACCUCCAGGGACGUGGGAGCCGCCCUCAGCGAUGUCUUGACCGAAGCACACGCCGAGUUCUUCUACAGGACCGGGUUCGCUCCCAUAAUGCCCGACUCCCGAAUCAAGAGUAUGAUGGCAUGUGCAGUGGUGUUUUUUGUGUACAGAGGCUUGCGAGGCGUGCUGUAUAUUCGAGCACCCACGUGCUAG